AUGUUUCUAAAUCGCCCUCCUCAAUGGGCAGCCCGUGUGGCAUCUCGAUUGCCACCUCAGUUACGCUUCCUGUCCUUCCCAGCCGUAUCGAUCAUUUCCAUCCUCAUUAUCGUCAACUGCGUAGUCUGGAUUGCAGUUGCGAUAGUCCUUCGAAAACACCCAGUGCUCGCUUCCUCUGCCGUUCUUUCAUAUACUCUCGGUCUACGACAUGCGCUCGAUGCCGACCAUAUCUCCGCGAUUGAUUUGAUGACAAGGAGGUUGGUGGCUGGCGGGCAGAAGCCAGUUACGGUUGGAACAUGGUUUAGUCUUGGACAUAGCACGAUUGUUGUUAUCACUUGCAUAGUGGUGGCGGCAACGAGUGGAGCGCUACAGAAGAGGUUCGAUGGGUUUAGCGAAGUGGGAGGUGUUAUUGGAACUUCGGUUUCAGCCGCUGUUCUUAUUCUGCUUGGAAUAGGUAAUGCCUGGAUUCUAUACAAGCUUGUUCAGCGGAUCCGGGUUGUGCUGAAGGAAGAAGUUAGUGGGGACCGGGAGGAGAAUCAUGAAGGAGCUGUUGCUGGUCUCGAUCUCGAAGGGGGUGGAAUAAUGGUUAGAGUGUUCAAGAAAGUGUUCAAAUUCAUUGAUCGCCCGUGGAAAAUGUAUCCGUUAGGUGUUCUCUUUGGAAUGGGAUUUGAUACGAGUAGUGAGAUUGCGGUACUGGGUAUUGCAAGUGUGGAAGGGGUUAAAGGCACAGGCAUUUGGUUGAUUCUGAUAUUUCCGGUGCUGUUCACAGCUGGUAUGUGUAUGCUUGAUACUACAGAUGGGGCUUUAAUGAUGACGCUUUACACCUCGACCUCUUUGGCUCGCGAUACCGUGGCAAUACUUUACUACUCAAUUGUUCUAUCAGCAAUUACGGUUCUGUUCGCUGUUGUAAUUGGUAUCAUUCAAUUACUAUCUGUAAUCUCCAACUUCUCCAGCGGGCCUUUCUGGGAUGGGGUCGAUGCCGUUGGCGAUCAUUACUCGGAAGUGGGAGGAGCUAUAUGUGGAGCUUUUGUAAUUUUUGGAGGUCUCUCCGUGAUUCUGUAUAAACCCUGGCGCCGGAGAGUGGAUCGACAUUAUGCUAGUCGCUAUGGCUCAUCACCUGAUGGUUCUGUUGCUCUCAGUGAGGAAGACGAUGGAAUGCCAAAGAAGAUAUCACUCGAGGAUGAAAGGCCAAGGAAACAGACAGCCGUUACUACAUCGGAAGAGAUUACUGCGUCUCGCAGCUAA